GUCGCAUCUACCGUGCAGUUCCGUACAAUCGCGACGGUUCGGCGGCGCAUGAUCGAAAACGGCCCAGUCCGUCAGUAUCUCCGGAAACUCUGUAGCUAACAAACGUAUUGUUUGCCCGUGUAACGAAAAAUCAGUUAUGACUGACUUCUUUGAAUUCCCGCCAAGACCCUAAAACAAAACCCACUUCUAAAAAUAUUUCCUCAUAACUUAUCCAAUGUUUUGAAUACCGAAGUUGUUUGCGGGUUUCGUGCGUUUUUAUUUUAUCGCAGUUGUGAAUAGAACCACCUGUAAGACAUUUUCAACAGAUAUAACAAGGAGUUCAAAAUGAGAGAGGAUUCAGAAACGUCAGCGUUAAAUGAAAGAAUCGAGGAGUUCAGGAGCGAUCCGGAAAAACUGCGACAAGCCUCUGAAUUUGUUGAUGAGCUUAUUCAAGAAGCAAAAAAAGAGGCAGAAAUAAAACAGAAAGAGAAAGACAAAAGCAAAUUAUUCGAAUCUCAAGAUCCAGUUGCGGGUAAUUUAAAGAGGAGGUUGGGACGCGCUCGUGGUUUCGUGAUUCGUAUGUUCGACGCGCUAUGCAACUGCACACAGACAGCAGCAGCCGCAGCUCGCACUACAGCUCGCAACAAUCCAUUUACAAAACGCUAAACAUUUCUCAAACAUAUCUUUAUAUAUGGAAGAAUAAUCACUUAAAAUAUCGGUCGAUUCCGAUAUUGAAAAUAUACACAAUAUCCGAAUUUAUAUGUAAAUUUACUUAAACUAAUAUAAUUUUACUAUCGUUUAAAAUUAUUACGAUUCUAAGUGAAUUGAGAUAUAUUUCAAACGCUUAUUUAAUAAAUGCCGUUGAAUGAUUUUAUUCUCAGUUUCAUAGGCUUUGGCACUAAACAAAUCUGAUUAUUGGAAAAUAGUUAAGGAUAUUAUCCUUAGCAAGUUAGUGCCUACUUGCCCGCAAGAAGGUACUUAUAUGACUUGUACAUCAAGAGUAAUGAGUUUACAUAGCCAUUAAGUAGAUUUUCUUCUUACUUAAAGAUUAUUCCGGUUAUUUAGGCUCAAAUUAAUGUUUCGACAUAUAUCUUAGUAUUAUUAUAUAAUAAUAAUUUUAUCCGACUUAAGUUAAAAUGUCAUACCAAAGCUAGUUUUCUUAGGAUGAAAUGUCGAAUACGUGUAAAAAUAGUUUUGGUUACUGUAACUAUUCGACCUUAGUUCUUGAUGUUUUUCAAACUCUUUAAAGUAACAAUUUCUUAUUUAAAACCCACGUAGUGUUUUACCUAUUAAAACCACAAUUAUAGUGUAAUAAAAAUACUCUACCGAUUUGAUGUCUAUAUGCAUAUUAUUAUUUAUAUAUGUGUAUAUCAGAGUUUGAAACGUGCUUAUAUAAUUAGAGUGAAAAUAACUUCAUAUUGUGUCUUCCUUUCGUCUCCCUUGUUAGUGUUACCUACCUAUCAUUGAUGUUAAUGUGAUCGGUGUAAAGACGCUUAUAGAAGUAACUGUUUAACAUAUUUUGGCAAUAUAUAGGUGUAAUCAUAUUAUAAGUAAGACAAAGUAGAUCACUUUCAGAGCUAAGUCUCCUCUCAAUACAUCUAAGGAAGAUAUCCCUUAUUGGGGUGUCCUUAGUACACUUUUAUUUUAUUUUAUAGUAAAGUACUUAUACUUACUGAUUGCUUGAUCAUUUUGUUUACAAUAAAGAUAUCUAAAACAACAACAGCUCUCAGAAGAGAACAUUCGAAAUUGAAUUAAUAUGUAUAUACACCGCGAUAGUCCGGGUCGUUAUCAAUAAUUUUUACAUACAAAUGUAAAUUAUUGAUAAUCUUACGCAAAUAUAUGCAUUACAAUUUCUGGAUACUCUUCGUACCUACUAUACAGAUCUUUAUCAAAGCUUUUAAAACUAAAAUAAUAACUAUCCUAUCAUAUACAACUGUCUCGACUGUAAUAUUUAUACACAAAAUGUUUGUCUAAUGAAUUUAUAAGGUCGUAAGUACGACAUCAACAUGAAAUUUUUGUGAAAAAAAUGUACACUAUUAUUAUUAUGAAAACUUUAAUUGAAAUUUUCAAAUGUAUAUAAAUAUAUUUAGAGUGUAGACUAUUAGACUUACAAAUACAAAGAAAUUCUACAUUUACCGCUUACGAAUGCACAAAAACGAAAAUAUUCUACAAGAUAAGUAUAUUUAAAUAUUAUUAUUUUUUAAUCAUUUUUGUACAUUAUUUAUAGAUUUCUAAUAAUAUUAGUUUGGAUUAUUUUUAUAUCGACGUAAAUAAAACCCUUUUAGACAGCGUAACCUUCCUAUUUUUAGACUAAGUUAAAAUAUACUACUUCUAAGAUUAUUUUUAAAUUAAGAUUGAGCUUUUAAAAUUAUAGGUGUCUUAAAUUAAUAAAAUGUAUCAUUGUAGUGGAAAAUUUAUUUUUCAGUGUGAGAAAUGUAAUUAAAAUAUAGAUCCGGUGUGUGUAAGAAAUUACAGUUCUAUUCACACAUUUGUAUACAUACAAACGAGUAAUCUUUUUUCACUUCUUUGAGGCAAGAGAGAAUAAGGAACAAAUCAUAACAGUUAAUAAGGCAGAGCUUCCAUAAAGUAAGUGGACGACAUCGGCAUGUUCCGAGCUCUAUUUCACAUGCUCACUCAUAAAUAAUAAAAAACCACACACAUCGUUUAGAUUUUUUAUUGAGAAUCCAUAUGUAUACGAAUUAUACAUCUAUUUACGGUAUUCGAAUCAAAUUAUAAUCUGACACGGAAAUUAGAUAUUUAACUAUUCUCUAGUAAAAGUAUUUACGAGUAGACGUAUCCGUAUUCAGCCGUAUCUGGAUAAUAUAUAAUAAAACAUUUAUUAUAUAUCGUUUAAUAAAUAUUAGUAUAUUUUUCUUUAAUAAUUUGGAAAAAAACAUUAAGGAUAGGUACAAAAGCGUCAAACGCAUGUACCAAUGAGAAAAAAAAUAUAUAAUUCUACAAAAUUUAAUAUCAGUACAAUCUUUAUUUGCUGCGUAUAUAAAAUAAAAUACUUCAUUUAUAAUACAUUUCUCGUUAAUUAUCACGUUACCACACGAAUAAAUGUGUGAAUUGAUCUGUAUGUGUUUACGUAAGUCUUAAAUAAAUGUUCAAUGUGAUAUCCUGCCUGUACCACUUCCUAUGUGAUCCGACUUCUUCUUAUAUUAAAAUGAUUUUAUGAAUA